GCUCGAGUGAGAUGUGUUUGUCGGUUCAACAGUGGUGUUCUGGGGCGGCAGCAACCCGCUUGCGCGAGCUGCAAGGAUGAAUGGCUUAAGCUUUGCCGAGUUCGAAAACUCCAGCUUCGAUGACUUGUACAGCAAAGGCUUCGCCAAUGCGAAGCACUUGGAACAGGUUGCUUUCAGCGUCGCGAAAACUCGGGGCGUCCCCGCUUUCAACGGUGGUUCACCCGAAUGCGGAGGAGCAGAGGAAGCUUUAAGCUUUGCGGGGUUUCGCGAGAAGCGCCUCCAGACGGGCAGGCAAUGCCUUGCUUGGCCAAAAAGGGAAGGUGACCCGCUUCCAUGGUGGCCUGCAAGAGACGACCCAAAGCGGGACUGAGCGCUUUCAGGUGUCCAAAGAGUUGCAGCACCUGAAGCCAGGUGCUCCCGCAGCGCUGAGCUUCGGACGCACGGCGCAAGCCGUUGACGCGGCGCCGCUUCAUGCCCGCGCAGACACAGCGCAGGUUCGCCGGCUGCCAACGCCUGCUGCGGCGCGGGACCCGCGGGCUGACCGUGGCGCCGCCGUGGACCGGGGCCCUGGUGGGACCGGAGCCGGACGGUUCCGCUGGACAGCGGCGAUGCAUGCAAACGUGAUUGGCAGGAUGGUUGGCAGGACGCAAACGUCAAUCUUCCACACACCCGCCCAACCAAAGAUGUUUUUUUCUUAUAAUAUAUAUACAUAUAUAUAUAUAGAUUAUAUAUACUUUUUUCUUCAGCAUUUCAGGCAUCCAAUCUUUUCGGGGGUCCCGACACUUGGUGGUGUUUGUGGGGUGCCUGGAGAAAAGAACUGAUGAGGCUCGUGACAACAGUGAUGUCAGAAAAGAUGGCACAGCAGCUUAGACCUAGCUUGGAGAGGGGAGUGCUUCUAUUUUUUCUUUGAUAUGUCUCUGAAUCCAUGGAAAUUUUAGCUGGAGACUCGGCACCUUGCAACAAUGUAAAUCCUAGAGAUGAUACAAGUAGCUGCAGCCGCCCUCUCUCAAGUUUGAUAUAGAAAGCUCAAACCCUAUUUUGCUCACUAUGGCAAACCCAAAGGUCUAUUUUGACAUGACCAUCGGUGGUACCGAAGCCGGCCGUAUUACCAUGGAGCUUCGCGCUGAUGUGGCCCCUAAGACCGCUGAGAACUUUCGGUGCCUCUGCACAGGUGAGAAGGGCAUGGGAAAGUCAGGCAAGCCUCUCCACUUCAAGGGCAGCGCUUUCCAUCGUGUCAUCCCUGACUUCAUGUGCCAGGGUGGCGACUUCACCGCUGGCAACGGAACUGGCGGUGAGUCCAUCUACGGGGCCAAGUUUGCCGAUGAAAACUUUACCCUCAAGCACACUGGCCCAGGAAUUUUGUCAAUGGCCAAUGCUGGCCCCAACACCAACGGUUCACAGUUCUUCCUGUGCACAGUAAAGACUGGCUGGUUGGACGGCAAGCAUUGUGUGUUUGGCGCUGUCACUGAUGGCAUGGAUGUGGUGAAGAAGAUCGAGGCUGUCGGCUCUCAGUCUGGCAAGACCUCCAAGCCAGUGAUGAUUGCAGACUGUGGCCAGCUUGCAUAGGCGAAGACCGUGCUUGGUUCUGAGUGUGGAGAGGCCUCUUGCUCUCAAGUAUGAAGAAUGAAACUUGAGAAGGAUCUUUUGUGCAGUCUAUGUGCUCUCUAUGGGAUUGAGAGAAUCCGUGUUCCAGCGAAGCGUC